AUGAAUGGAGGAAGAUGGAUUCACGGACAGAAUGAUGAUGAUGUGAGGAGGAUGGAUCACGAGCAGAUUGGAGAUGAAUGGAGUGUUGGUUGUCGAUCCAAGCGAGCUAAGGCUGUAGCGAGGUCCGAUCGAUGGUAUGAUGAUGGAGAUGGAUCGAUGGUCGCCACACAAGUGAUGAUGGACUUGUGA